GAGUGGUGUGGCAUUUUAACUAAAGAUGAUCGCUCUGCUGUUUAGCAGCGUUUUAGCGGGGCUCCUGGCCCUGCUUCUGUAUCAGAUGACUGCAUAUCCCUUUUUCUGGGUGGAUUUGAUUUAUUACUUCAAACUUCAGAGGUAUAGAAAGACUCUGAAGGCUCGUAUGCAACAAGGAAUCACCACAUUCCUCGACUGCUUUCUUCACGAGGCGAGGAAGCACCCGAAUAAGCCAUUCAUUAUCUUUGAAAACCAGACUCUCACGUACCAGGAUGUGGACAAGAGAAGUAACCAGUUUGCGGGCGCUUUCCGGACAGAGGGUUCUUUGAAACAAGGAGACAUUGUUGCUUUGUUGAUGUGCAACGAACCGGACUUCAUUUGUGUGUGGUUUGGACUGUGUAAACUCGGCUGUGAAGUGGCCUUUCUUAACGUCAACAUUAAAGCCAAAUCCCUUCUUCACUGUGUGCGGAGUUGUGGGGCCAAGACGCUUGUUGUUGGCGCAGAUUUGGUGUGUUUGGCAGAGGAGGUGCUGCCUGAUCUGAAGAAGGACAACGUGAGUGUGUGGGUUGUGGCUCACACGUCACCUGAUGAGAACUUCAAAAGUCUGCUACUUAAUGCAGAAAACAUGUCUGAUGAAAACUUGAGUGACCUUCCUAAAGUUGAUGUCAUGUCAAACUUCCUCUUCAUUUUUACCUCAGGCACUACAGGUCUCCCCAAAGCAGCCCGUGUAGGUCACAUGAAAGCUAUUGUAAGUAUGGUCUUCUUUGACAUGUGUGGAGCCAGAUCUGAUGACGUCAUCUACAUCACUCUUCCUCUUUACCACAUGUCUGCUUCCCUGUUAGGGAUUGGAGGAUGCAUACACUUGGGGGCAACAUGUGUGUUAAAAAGGAGGUUCUCUGUCAAUCAGUUUUGGAAGGACUGUGUGAAACAUAACGUGACUGUAGUGCAGUACGUAGGAGAGCUCUGCCGAUACUUGCUCAACCAGCCCAUGGUUGCAGAAGAGAGAGCUCACUGUGUUCGGCUGGCUGCAGGAAGUGGUCUCAGGUCAGAUGUUUGGAGGCAGUUUAUCACACGCUUUGGAAUAACAAAGAUCAGAGAGGGUUAUGGCUUGACUGAGGCCAACAUCGGCUUCCUCAACUACACUGAUGAGGUUGGGCCAAUUGGGAGGGCAAGCUGUUUCAACAAGCUUUUGGUGCCCUUUAAGCUCCUGAGAUACGAUCCAAAAACAUAUGAGCCACUGCGAACAGCUUCCAGAAGAUGCAUGCAAGCACAAAUAGGAGAGGCAGGGAUCCUUGUAACUCCGCUGACAGCCACAAACCAGUUUUUGGGCUAUGCUGGGAACAAGGUCCAAUCUGAGAAGAAGUUGAUCAGGGAUGUAUUUAUAGCUGGGGAUGUCUAUUUCAACACUGGAGACCUCCUGGUCCAAGAUCACAAGGAUUUUCUUUACUUCCGUGACCGUAUCGGAGACACAUUCAGAUGGAAAGGAGAGAAUGUGUCCACCACAGAAGUAUCUGAGGUUUUAGGGGUUCUAGAUUUUAUUCAGGAGGCCAACGUUUAUGGAGUAACCAUACCAGGAUGUGAAGGUCGAGCAGGUAUGGCUGCUAUCGUGUUAAAACCUGAUCAAAGAUUAAAUGGAACAAAACUCUACAACCAUUUGGUGAAAACCCUUCCUGCAUAUGCCUGGCCCUGGUUUCUCAGAGUACAGACCUCUCUGGAUGUGACGGAGACCUUCAAGCAGCAGAAAACGAAGCUGGUCCAGGAAGGAUUUAAUCCAGAUGUCAUCCGUGAUCCUCUCUACUUCUUAGAUGUCUCCCAGAAAGACUAUACUUUAUUAACAUUAGCUCUAUAUCAUGACAUUGUAUCUGGAAAGAUCAGUUUAUAAACUGGGAUAUUUCUGUAUGUACACAGCGCUUUUCACGUAGUCUUUUUUUUUUUUUUAAGUUCUCUCUAUCAGAACCAUACAUACCAUAGUGAAACAUGUUGAAAUGCAGCUGUUAGUGUGUCAGACUUUAAUAACUACUUGCGACCUCACACAGCCUGUAGAAAAAACAAGAGCACAGUACUAGUAUCUUCAUAAGCACACAGACAGUCAAGGAUCUGAUGGUGCUACACCCGAAUCUUAGUCUACAGGACAGCACACAGUCCCCAACAAUUUCUAACAAGCAACCCUUUUUUUAGAAAACUAUACUGAUUCUUCUUCAGCUUCAUCUUAACUGCUUUGCUUUUUUCAGAAAGAAAUGUGUAAAACCUGCACUUAUUACAACAUUUUCAAAAAAUAAUAGACUAAAUUAUUUGAACAAAUGAAUGAAUAAGAAUAUUCAUAUUCUUUCAAAUUUAGUUUUGAAUCUUUUUUGUUUCAGAUUAACUUCUGAACAUUGAUUUUUGUGAUAUAUGUAUUAGUGCUCAUUCCAUUUUAUAUUUUUCUAAUGUUAGCCAGUUUCCAAACAAAAAGAUAUAGAGGUUUCCAUCUCUUUCAGUUAAGAUUUUAUGAAAUUUGUGUCAUCUUCUGAUUUGAUUUGGACAUCUUAUUACACAUUACCUAUUAGCACAUAAAUGUUCUAAUAGGAUGUAGAUCAGGAAGGGCAUCUGGUAUUAUUGUAGGGUCUUUACCCGCAAUACAAAGCGCCUUGAGGCGACUGUUGUGAUUUGGCGCUAUAUAAAUAAAAUUGAAUUGAAUUGAAUUGAAUUGAAUUGAAUUGAAUUGGUGUAAAAAUCACCUGUCAAAUCCAACAUGUGGAGCUCCCCACUGUGGUGACUAGUUGUGGAUAAGAGAGCAGGCUAAAGUAGCUUCCUCCUUGUGGCACAAUGGUGCACAGGUUAGCACUGUUGCUUCACAGCAGGAAGGUUCUGGAUUCAAACCUGUGCUAGCAGCUGGGGGCCUUUCUGUGUGUAGAUUGAAUGUUUUCCCUGUGGAUUCUUUCAGGGUACUCUGGAUUCCUCCCACAGUCGUAAAACGCACAUGCUUGAAUGUCCAUCUCUUUGUUAGAAAUCCCAUGCUGGUGACCUGUCCAGGUUGUACCCAGCCUCUCGCCCAUUGACAGCUAUAAUAGGCUAGCCCUGCUGAAUGAAAGUGCAAGUGGAACAGUAAAAACUGACUUUAGAAUUGAAAACAGUGCUGUAUAACUGAUAAGAGAGAAUGUGAUUUUAUCUAUGUUUAUGCAUAUUACAGAUGACUGUCCAUAAUUAAUUGCACAUCAUGUGUAAAGUGUUAGGGCAGCGCAGUGGUUAACACUUUUUGCCUCACAGCAAGCAGGCCUGGGUUUGAAUCCACCUUGGCCUUUCUGUGUGGAGUUUGCAUGUUCUCCCCCUGUCUGUGUGGAUUUCCUCCCACAGUCUAAAGACAUGCAGUUA